AACCGCCGCCGCCGCCGCCGGCCGAGCCUUGCCGCGCCUGCGGCCCGCGGCCGCCAUGCAGUUUAUGUUGCUUUUUAGUCGUCAGGGAAAGCUUCGACUGCAGAAAUGGUAUGUCCCACUAUCAGACAAAGAGAAGAAAAAGAUUACAAGAGAACUUGUUCAAACCGUUUUAGCACGGAAACCUAAAAUGUGCAGCUUUCUUGAGUGGAGAGAUCUGAAGAUUGUUUACAAAAGAUAUGCUAGUCUGUAUUUUUGCUGUGCUAUUGAGGAUCAGGAUAAUGAACUAAUUACCCUGGAAAUAAUUCAUCGUUAUGUGGAAUUGCUUGACAAGUAUUUUGGCAGUGUGUGUGAACUUGAUAUCAUCUUUAAUUUUGAGAAGGCUUAUUUUAUUUUAGAUGAGUUUCUUUUGGGAGGGGAAGUUCAGGAGACAUCCAAGAAAAAUGUCCUUAAAGCAAUUGAGCAGGCCGACCUACUGCAGGAGGAAGCUGAAACCCCACGUAGUGUUCUUGAAGAAAUUGGACUGACAUAACUCUCCUUCUUGUUGAUGACUUCUUGUGGCAUUUCACACACUGUAGAUGGUCACUGCCUUCAUGUCCAUGUUAGCUAAUGGUGUAAGAUGAUGUCUUGUCAGUAUUACUGUUUUGCUAAGCCGCUUCAUUCAGGCCUACACAAUUUUUUUUUUAAAGGGAACUUUGGUUAAUCAAGUGAUGAAUUAAGGGACUUAAAAACUAAUUAGAAUGGUGCAGAAAGCUACCUUCUUUGGAUGUUCUAAAGUUUAUAGGUCAGUUUCUCUUAAUCAUAAAAUUAUGUGCGUAUAUGAAAAUGAUACAUCUAUAUAUAUGUAAAAUCAAGCAAUCGGGCAAUACGCAUUUAUUAAUUACUGCAAUUGACAAGGAAACUGUUAUAAGGUGAAACCUGGUUUCAUGAAACCAAAGACUAGUGCAGACUUUCAGUAUGUGUAAGACUAAAGGGAAUUGACAUGUCACAUAUCAAAUGAAUGGAAAGUUAACUCUAUUGAAACUUUAAAAAGAAACCCAAAUUUAUACCAAAGACUCCUAUUGGAAACUACAUAACUUAAAGGGAAUGCAGAUUAUUUUAACUAACUAAAUUGGAAUGAUGUAUUUUACACUAAAAAUGUUUUCUUAGGGAUUCUGAACCUGGGAUGAGGUACAGAGAUUGUUUCAUAAUGAGCACAUAAUUUUUAGGACCAAGGGACAUUUGACUCCUGAAAUGAAUUUUUUGUGGUCAUGAUCAUUUACUUAGAUUGUUUUUGAUGCCCCCCCAAAUGAAGUGGGAAUAUUAAUUUACCAGGAAUUCUUCAUAACAGCAUCUUACAGAAAAUGUCAUGUUCUCUUCACAGUAUUGCCUGUAAAGUUGUUUAAAGCACGAAUGCUCCUAGGGUGCUUAUUAAAGCCAAAUUUAUUUUGCUUCCCUAUUGCUUCCCUCUACUUAGAAUUGCUGCAAAGUACAGCAGCUUCCUCUAUUUCCAUGGCACUGCCUAGUUAACAGAAGUCUUAUCAAAAUAUAAAACACCUUUCAUAUAAAAAAGUGAGAGUUGAAUGAGGUAAAAUGGCAUUAGUUGGCCCUAUAUUUUUUAAAGCUAUACAAGUGUUCAGCAUCACCUUUUCUAAGUCCUUACAAGGUACAUAUCUAAACGUGUCUUCAUCGUUUAUACUUUCACUUGUACAUGCUGGGCUGGAUUAAGCUUUUUGUGAUUGUGACCAAUAUUCAGGCCACAUAAGCACUGUCUUAUCACAUCACCGAUUAGUUGUAAUAAACGUUCACCAUACAAACACUGGAGUGUGUUUUUAUCUCUCUUUCAAAGUUUGUCAAACUAUGGAAAGCUGCUGAAGGAAAGAUUUUUAAUUUUUUUUCAGUAAAAUGUUAAAAGUUCCCCUGCAUUUGAAUGUGGUGGUUGUUAUAAGCACACACAAGAUAAAUGGUGGAAGAAUCUAAGAAGUUUUCAUGUACUUCAAGUUCAUUUAAAGAUAACCUGGAUUCCAUGCUAUUGAGAGCUUAUCUACACAUUUAUUUUCACUCAAUAAAUGCCGCUUUUAAAACCUUGA